AUGCGCCUCCGAGCGCCGCGCCGAGUGCGGAGCCCGCGGCAGCGCGCGUCCGGCAGGCGGCGGGGUCCAGCGCUCGGCCCCGCCUGCGCGGCCAGCCCGGCGGGCGGCGGCGCCCAGGGACGCCCGGGGCCCGCCAGUUCCCGAGGCCCGCGCUCCGCUGCCGCCGGCGGCCGCCGCCUCCCCACUUUGCCCGCUCCGAAUCUGGAUGGGAAGUUGGGGAAAAUGGGCAGGGUCGUGUUGGGGUGGAUGGCUCUCUUCUGCCUAACAGCAAUGGUUGAAGGACUUCAGGUCACCGUGCCCGACAAGAAGAAAGUGGCCAUGCUCUUCCAGCCCACUGUGCUUCGUUGCCACUUUUCUACAUCCUCCCAUCAGCCUGCUGUUGUACAGUGGAAGUUCAAGUCCUACUGCCAGGACCGCAUGGGGGAAUCCUUGGGCAUGUCCUCUCUCCGGACUCAGUCUCUCAGCAAGAGGAACCUGGAAUGGGACCCCUACUUGGAUUGUUUAGACAGCAGGAGGACUGUUCGUGUGGUAGCUUCAAAACAGGGCUCAACUGUUACCCUGGGGGAUUUCUACAGGGGCAGAGAGAUCACGAUUGUUCAUGAUGCAGAUCUUCAGAUUGGAAAACUCAUGUGGGGAGACAGUGGACUGUAUUACUGUAUCAUCACCACCCCCGAUGACCUGGAGGGCAAAAACGAGGACUCUGUGGAAUUGUUGGUGUUGGGCAGGACAGGGCUGCUUGCUGAUCUCUUGCCCAGUUUUGCUGUGGAGAUUAUGCCAGAGUGGGUGUUUGUCGGCCUGGUGAUCCUGGGAAUCUUCCUCUUCUUUGUCUUGGUGGGAAUCUGCUGGUGCCAGUGCUGCCCUCACAGUUGCUGUUGCUACGUCCGCUGCCCAUGCUGCCCAGAUUCCUGCUGUUGCCCUCAGGCCUUGUAUGAAGCAGGGAAAGCAGCCAAGGCUGGGUACCCUUCCUCUGUCUCCGGUGUCCCUGGCCCUUACUCCAUCCCCUCUGUCCCUUUGGGAGGAACCCCUUCAUCUGGCAUGCUGAUGGACAAGCCGCAUCCACCUCCCUUGGCACCAAGUGACUCCACUGGAGGAAGCCACAGUGUUCGCAAAGGUUACCGGAUCCAAGCUGAUAAAGAGAGAGACUCCAUGAAGGUCCUGUACUAUGUCGAGAAGGAGCUGGCUCAGUUUGAUCCAGCCAGAAGGAUGAGAGGCAGAUAUAACAAUGCCAUCUCAGAACUCAGCUCUCUUCACGAAGAGGAUAGCAAUUUCCGCCAGUCUUACCAUCAGAUGCGAAGCAAGCAGUUCCCUGUAUCCGGGGACUUGGAGAGCAAUCCUGACUACUGGUCAGGUGUCAUGGGAGGCAACAGUGGAGCAAGCCGGGGACCCACAGCCAUGGACUAUAACAAAGAGGAUCAGGAGAGCUUCAGGCACAGCCAACAGCGCUCCAAAUCAGAGAUGCUUUCCCGGAAGAAUUUCGCCACCGGGGUGCCAGCAGUGUCCAUGGACGAGCUUGCGGCCUUCGCAGAUUCCUACGGCCAGCGUCCUCGCCGUGCCAAUGGCAACAGCCACGAGGCCCGGACCGGGAGCCGCUUCGAGCGCACAGAGUCGCGGGCCCAUGGGGGCUUUUACCAGGACGGCUCCCUGGAGGAGUACUACGGCCCCCGCAGCCGCAGCCGCAGCCGCGAACCCCUGACCGACUCCGACCGUGGCUGGUCCUACAGCCCCCCGCGCCGACGCCCGGUCGACGACGCGCACCUUCCACGCCUGGUGAGCCGGACUCCAGGCACCGCGUCCAAGUACGAUCACUCAUACCUGAGCAGCGUGCUGGAGCGCCAGCCGAGGCCUGAGGCGCCCAGCCGCGGGGGCAGCCUGGAAACACCGUCCAAGCUGAGCGCGCAGCUUAGCCAGCGCAGCGCCUCCUACUACGCCUGGUCCCCUCCAUCCACCUACAAGGCGGCCGAGGCCGACCAGGACGAGGAGGACGCGGCCGAGGACACGCUGCCGCCCUACAGCGAGCUGGAGCUGAGCCGGGGCCCGUCCUUCCGCGGCCGGGACCUGCCCUACCACAGCAACUCGGAGAAGAGGAGGAAAAAGGAGCCUGCCAAGAAAACGAGUGACUUUCCAACAAGGAUGUCCCUUGUGGUCUGAUGUACGCUCUGGAACUCUCUUUGGAUGACUAGAAAUGAGAUGUGGGUGGACUGAGGACAAGAUGCAACUCCAAGAGCCAGCAAGCCCAGGACUUUCUCAGAUGCCACCUUGGAAGAUUUUCUGCUCUCUAGUUUGGCAAGGGACAGAGGGCAUCCUUUAAAGGAGGCUGAUGCAAAACCUCAGUGCCCAUCUAACUCACAUGCGAAAUGAAUCGAGAAAACAAGAGACAUGUAAGAACAUCCACAUUCAGAGUUUCCCACCUAGAUUAUGUCCUGCACAACCUCCUUUCUUAGUGGAACCAGGACUCCACAUCCACUUCUGAAAGGGAGUUAGCUCGGAACUACUCAUCUCCAAAAAUGGUCUACACCCACCCUAUGCUUUCCUAAACCUGUGCUAUUCUUAGUGCCAGAAGAAUUUAUUACUACUAUUUGAAGGCCUUCUGCUGAUAAGGGAAGAUAACUUCAAAGUAAAAUAUACCUUUUAUUCUCAUUAUGUUCCAGUCACUACUCAGUGACUGUUGUUAUACCAAAAUCAGAAGGCCUUUGGUAAUUUCAGUAAUGGUGACCUCCUCCAGAGUCACUGGAAUGACUUCCAUUUGCUGCUCAUAAUCACCAUUCUUGAGUGGUUUGGACAAAACAGAGUAGAGCAUUUUGAAAAAGCGUACAUUCCAUUCUGAGGAUGUAAUCUGCUUUUUCUCUUUGCUGUACACAUUGACAUCUGAGUCUGGGCUUUAAGAGCUCUUCUCUUUCUCCCUUCAUGGGCUUUGCACAGACUGGUGCCACAAACACAUCUUUGCUUCCCUCUGCACUCUGAUGAGGUUGUAAUCAGGUGCUUUUGACACAUGUCUACAAUAUACACAUGAAAGAGAAGAGGGAGAAAAAGAAAUUAUGCAACACGAGGAACAAGAAAGGACUGAAGUGGAAAAUAAUAUAUUGUCUCUUUAUAUAUUGAAUCUGGACCAUUUUCCCCACCAACACCACUCAGUCUUUUCUAGAUUUGUAAAUCAUCUACCAUGAGCUGUUUAUGCUAUCCUGAAUCCACCAACACAGAAAACCAGGGAUGUGGAGCCUGCAUCUCUUGGCUUCACUGGGCUACCAUCAUAGAUGUUUUUGGGAAAUGAAGGAUCUUGCUUUCUUAGCAAGGAACGCUUUGUUCCCAUCCUUGAGAAUAUGAUAUGUUUUUUUCCCCCUAAAUCCCAAUGUUAGACCCUUUGGAUUUGGUAAUUUGUGUAGAUUGCUACACAAGUGGCUACAAACUCUUCCAUCUUCAUUUUAAAGAGGUGCAAUCUUCUUUUUUUCCUUACUCUGAAUCUGGAGUUGGCCUUGUGAUUUGAUUUGAUCAGUGACCCAACAGAAAAUAUAAUGCAAGGAGAGACUUGAAAAGUUCCAGUGCAUUUGGCCUCUCUUGUGUCUCUUGUGUCUUGCAACCACCGCCGGGUGGAUGGACUUUUCACUCUGCUGUGGGACAUUCUAUCAGUUUUUUCUUCUGCAUGAUAAAAGAAGAGGUCCCAGUUACCAUGUCACUGUAUGUAGCAGCUAAUCAACUCUCAGCUGGUUGUAAGCACAUGAGUGCCCAGCCAAGACCAACAGAAGAAAUGCUUAGCUGAGCCCAUCCUGAACUGUGUAAUCUUACUGGAGUUGUGAGAAGUCAGGUUCACCCUAUAUGCUCAUUUCAAGAAUGGAACCUUCUCCAUGUUCCUCCGUAAAUCCCUUCAACCUUAAGUGUCUCACUUGCCUUUGAUUACUUUUACAGACUUUUCAUCAUAGCUUUUACUCUGCUGUGGAACUUUCUAUCACAGUUUUUUUUUCCACAUGUGUUUGGGUCAAAUCUCUGGAGGAUGAUGAUGCUUGACCUUGCCAUACCCUAAUCCAGCAAGCGGUUGUUUUCUUACUUACAGGAUCUGCAUCUAACCUCUGAAGGAGAUGGGUCCCCUUCAACUUGGUCUGCUCCAGAGCUCUCUGACUGGAGCUCCGAGUACCAGUCCACAAGUACCCAUUGUUCUUCAUGGCAUUUUUUAAAAAGACAAACCUACUUGUGCAGUAUUGUAAAGAAGCUGUUAUAAAGGCCGUUGGAGAGAUGCGCUGGUAUCAUUGCUUGGAGGAGAAUUGGCUUACCAAGGACUUCAUGGCUGCUUUGGCCUGUCCUAGAACAACCAAGAGGACAGUUCAUCCAAGUGUAUGCCCAUCUAAAGGCGGGAAGACACAAGCCAUAACCUUGGUGCUGAGUUUUCGACCUGCUGGUGUCCCUGGCUGCAGAAAACCUAGGCCUGGUCUGUCUGUUUGGGCCCCAAUUCAAUAUGAAAAAAACCCAUCAUUUCUUAGUCACCAGCUUUGGAUUUCACCUUGCUCAGGCAACUUUGGAGAAUACUGGAUAGCUGCAGUAGCUAUUAUUACUGUACACUGAGCACUGUGCCAGGCUUCUCACCACCAAAGAGCCCCAUAGCACCAGCAGCAGAGACCAAAUAUAUUGCUCUUUUAAGCCAGGGGCAUGUAUGAUUUGGUGAAGGUCAAGAGGAACAAUGAGAAAGAAUUCUUAAAAUUGGAAACCUCCAAUUCCAAAGAUAAUGGAACUAUAGACUAUUAAAAAAUGCAAUGAAGAUGGUAGGCUAAUGAAAUAACCUGAGUGGGCAUAGGGUCAAGUUCUCUGUAGGGAGAUGUGAAUCACUCUGACUUCAGGAGAGAGAAAAGGCAGUUGUUUCUGGUUACAUGGACAGAGUUGAAUAGACAAGGCAAAGCUUAGCUGUCCUUGGUGCCUGUGACUUUGCGGCAAUGCUCCUUUCUUUUCUUCUCUGGAUAGAGUGUCCUGAAUAGGAAGUGCCUAUACAUAUUAGCUUCCUUCCUGGUUUUAUUGGGAGCAUAGAAUAGUCUUGUGAAAUGAGAGAGAUGUGUUCUCUGUUCACUAAGGUGGCGGGGGUAUGUGUCCCUCCAAUUUACAGGGAAAAUAAGACAUGCCCAAAAAAGAAUUCGAUUCUAUUCAUAUGAUAGGAAAUAGUGCUAUGGAUACUUUACAAUAAACUCAGAGAUUUAAAGUCUUUUAUAAAAUUUAAAUGGGAAUAUUUUGAUAUUUAAGUGGUGCGUGCGUGUGUGUGUGUGUAUGUGUGUGUGUAUGUGUGUGUGUGUUCAUUCAUCCCAUUUAAAGAUAUGCCUAUGAUCCAGGAAGCCAAUCUUCAAAAGUCUGAACUGAAAAGAGGUGAACUAGGACAGGGUGGGAUGAGUAUCAGGGGACCAGAAAGAUGAUGCAGGAACUGCUGUGUGUGCCUAUGAGUCACAGCUGAGUCAGGAUGAGCUGGAGGCAGGAGUGUGGAAGCAGGUGGGGGCAAGUGUCCCUUGGCAGAUGGGCCACUUCUCUAGGCCACUAGGAGGCUGAGGACCAUUGUCAUGGACCUGGCGUGUGUGUAUGAGCUCUUCCACCCAAACACACUGAUGAGUGCUCAGUAUCUGCCUCCCCUGGAGCUCAGCUCUGCUGCUCCAAGUGUUGUUGUCUCCCCGCC